AUGGAGGUUAUUUUAAAAAAUACAUACUACAUAAUAUGUAAUUUCGGAGUGCCCGUCACUGAGAACUUCUUUUGUGUCACACAGACCGGAAGACGCGCGCCGUGCACUCGCGACACGGGAGCGCCUGCGGUGAGUGAUGGUGUUUUAUGGGGCCUAGCCUCAUGGGGGAUACGUAAACUAUGCGGUACGGAGCGCUUCCCGGCUAUGUUCUCGUACCUGGCGUCCAAGUCUAACCUGGCCUUUAUCACGAACGCCACCAACUACCUCAUGUCAGACAAACGCUAUUUCCCCUACUACGAUCGUUUCUCUGUCACCGGAGCCCGCACGUCAACUAAACGACGAACAUAGUGGUAGAAAAUUAAUAUCAAAUGAGUUUCAAUAUUAAUGACAUAAUAUCAUAUUGAGGACGUGUCACUACAAAUCUUUAUAAUAUAAUGUACCGAUUUUAUUUUAAUUCAUAACAGUUCGAUACAUCAGGAUGUGUUGUGUUAAAAAAAUAAAUAAAUAAAACAACGUGAUUUAUA